AUGGCAAUAUCAUGGCUUGUCAAAGUUUUAUUGGUGUCGUUGACGACGAAAGGAUAUUUUCCGAAGGGUCGCGGUCAAUUCAACUCUGGUAAGCCGCUGAUCUGUUUCUUACACAGCCGACUUUUUUGGCGUGGAAAAUGUCUGCUCGGAUCAAAAUUCUUAGUAAUUGUCAAAUAUACAUUUCGCAUCAAAUUCAUACAGAGCUCUUUUAUUAACCAGUGUAAAGAGCUAAUUCCUUUCAUAAAUGAAGCAGUUAUUUGUGUUUGCCGGCGCCUUAUAUAUAUUUUGCUGCAUUUCUGAACGCAACCUCAUCUUCGAGUGCUAGAAACGCAUCCUACAAACUCUUCCACCGAUGAUGGCUUAUUUUCAUUUUCAGAUAUAACAUUUUUUAGAGAAAAUUGCACGAAUUUAGGGAUAAUUUUUUAGUUAAGCCUAUGUUUACCUAUAUGUGCGAGUGGGAUGUGAGUUGGAGAAUUUUAAUUGGACAGUUACACAUACUAACUAAUUUGGCUACAAAACUAAGCUUCUUUCGUGGGAGCUUUAAGUUAAAUGCAUCAGAAAUUCAAUUUGUAGCAGAGCAUGAAAAAGAGACAUUAACCGCCUAAAACCACGAAUCCUAUUUACGGUGAAAUAUUUCGAUUGUUUCCAAGGUCAACAGAACACGAAUUUGCACGAAAUGCUUACAAAUAGUGACAAAAGGAACAAUUGGGAAGGAUGACAACCUUUGUUGCUCUUCAGCGCAACUUUUUGUUCAAUUCGUAUCCUAAUUAUAUUUCCAAACAAACUUGGUGAAUUUCCACGGUAUAAAUGGCAUUUAAGAAUGAAUAACAGGGCAUCAGUAACAUUGGCAACCACAGAAUUAUGUAUUUCAAACAUGGUUUGUUUUGUUUGUGAGCUUGGUUUUUUCUGAUGUUGUUAAAUAAUUAAAGAUGAUAUAUCCAGAGAGAGUUCUAGAAUGGACUCCAAUGUAUAUUACAUAAACACUGCACUUUUCAGAAGACAUUAGCAGGCUGAUUUCACCUAAAGUCAUUCUUUUUUUUUUCUGCUUGAACUCAUUUCCUUGUUUAUGCAGAAUAUUUAAAACUUUCAAUUAAAUUUAUGCAGCAUGCUCAAUUAUUCAUAACUUUCAUGGAAUACUUCUAAAAGUCAUUAGGUGACAAGUAUAACUUUUGCGUUAAUCUGGAGCUAAAACAUGUGAAACAAGCUGUAUCUCUCUGGCUAAAUCUGCAAGAAUAAUAAAUUCUUCCUCUAAAUUCAUUAGUAUUCUGAAUAAACAUGGAAAGAAUUUGAUGCAACAUUUAGACUAGGUUUCUCCUAGGCAGGACAUAAUAAAGCUAAGCUAGCAAACAAAGAUGUACACAGCUUCUUUGCCAAUGUCGAAAAUAUAGGUUGAUGCAUUGUUGUUUUAUCUCUAUAGAGGACUUCUUUAGUUUAGAGGAUAAAAAGCACCGACUAAAUAUAAUUCAUAUUACAGAACACUGAGCCUGCAAAGAUGUUUAUGACUCGAUAGUAAAGCUUAACAUUAUUUUCAUUGGUGAUAAAUUUUACUUCAGGGAACUUUUAAUAUCUAGCUUAUCAUUAAAAUUUUAUAUGUACCCAUGGCAACAUCAGUAUUCUCACUGGGUAUUCAUGCUUUUAUUGCUUUUUUUAGCAAAAUAAUACCAGAUAGUUCAAAGUACAAAAUUAAAGGAAAUACAUCCUAUUUUUUAUGAAAGAAACAAAUGAAGCAUACUCAUGAAAACCAGAACAUGAUACAUUGGAAUGUUUGCUUUAAUUAGCUAAGUAGAGUGUUUAGGGUGUUUUAUUCAAACUUGUCAAAAGUCAAUGUGUGCCUUUUAAAUGUUAGGCUUGAAUUGAUUGUCAUUUCAGCUCUCCAGUUAUGCACUUUGUAUUUAUUGAACCAUAGCAUGCAAUUGAUCAAGUUCCUGUACAAUACUAAAACCAAACUCUUUCACAUGCAAAAAGUCUAAGCGCAAGUGCUAGCUUACAAGUUGGAUAGUUGUAGUACAUGUGAUUGUACACAGAUAUAAUUACAUGCCCAACAUGUUUCUAUUGCUUUGUAAUGCAUGCAGCCAUUUUUUUAAAAAGUUUUUACAAGACAAAGUUAUCAGUUACUGAUAACUUUGUCUUGUAAAAACUUUCAAUAUAUAUAAGAGUUAACCACCACUAUACAUUCAUUAGCUUAAGACAAAAACUUAGGUACAGCUUCCAUUAGGUAAGGAUUCCAUCUUCAAGAUUGUGUUUAUAAUAAUUAUAAACACAAUCUUGAAGAUGGAAUCCCUAGUGAACAUUUUGACUGGGCAUUACAGACACUUCCUUUAUUAUCUCUUCCAUUCCCUUGGAGACCAAUAUAUUAUUGAUGAUUUCAAUUAAGAUGGUAAAUUUUAAGUGUGAUGAUGUAGGUGAAAUAUGAUGUUAUUCAGUGAAUGACACAAGCUACACAGGUGAAUGACAGGCUGUGCCUCAAUUCUCAGUAAGAAUUGAGAGAUAUUAAGGGGCUCCUUCUUGGUGUAGAAGCACGCAGGACAUGUCACAAUAGAACACCUUCUCAGAACCCUAUUGUUUUCAUUGUUCUACUUGUUCUUGUGUUUUUUUUUCUCUAUUAUUUUACAUCAACUGAGUGUUCUACACUAAAGGUUAUGUUGAAUUUUAAUGUCCUAUCUAUACUAUGUUUAGAACAUCUGACGGAAAAUGAAAAGUUGAAUCGUGAAGCAAUUACAAAAAUACAUGUCCACCUGGAUGAUGACAGGAAUGGGAAAGUUGACUUGAGUGAAUCAAAUGAGGUGAGUGUUUUGAUUUACCAUCAAAAAAGGUCAAAUCUUUCAGUUUUUCUGUCCCCUUACUCUCAGACUUAAUCCCAAGAUCAUGAGCUUCCAGUGACUAUUUGUAGCUGGAGGGUAAAUUGCAUUAAUUUUACAGCUCUGUUUCUAAAGAAGCAACAUUAUUGCUUGUUCCAUGAAAAAUUUAGGGAGAGAAUUCUAUUCUGUAGUCAUAGAAUUCUGUGAAAUAGCUUUUAAGAAUUCUUCUGUCUCCUAUUAGUGACAAUCACCUAUUUAUCUUAGGUAGUCCCCACCCCCCCAAACAUUCAUCAAAUUUUCUUAAAUGUUUUGUGCUACUCAUUAAUACUCCCAGGUACAAAAAGACAAUGUGAGAGGGAAGUGUCUUCCCCAAGAACCAAAAAACCAUUGAGUACCCAGCCAUUAUUUAAACCCUGUCCUUUUGAUCUGGAGUCCAUGAUAUUGAACAACUGUAGAGUAGGGCUCUGUCUCCCACCCACAUGAAGCUUGGGUCAAGUACUUAACUUUUUCCCUCUGAACCUCUAUGUGUGUGAGUACAAUAUUGGUGUGAGGCAGCUACCUUUCUGCGCUGUUUACUGUUUCUUAUUCUUUCAUGUGAUCUUCACUAAUGAUGCACUUAUCUUGCAUUUCUUAAAUUGAAUUUUUUAGUUUAUGCGUGAUGAACUUCAAGUGACUGAUGAAGAACGGCACUCCCACUUCCAUGGAAAUGAUGAUCACAUCUCUGUGGAUGAACUCUGGCAGAGUUGGGCGCAAAGCGCAGGUCAGAAUCCUUGGACUGACAACUUAUUGAAAGUCUCAGUUUUUUUACCCUUUAACUCCCGGAAUUGAUCAACAUGAAACUUCUCCUUAUAAUAUCCUUUCAUUAUCCAGCAAACAGCUAAUGAGAAUAUUCAAACUUAUCAGGUAGAAGUUGUUGUCUUGAUCUAACACCAAGUUCUUGUAACUAAUUUACCAGGAUAUGUGUAGCAGCUGGUGGGGAGAGUUACCAAUCAGAUCUUGGGAGUUAAAGGGUUAAACAGUAAAAGAUUUGAUCCUAUUAGUAACAAGUGACAGUGACUAUUGUCUAAUCUGAUCAUGAGGUUGAGGGUAGUCCUGAAAAAAUGGAUGGCAUUAACGUGAGCAUAAGUUGUUGUCAGAAUCAUGAGUCUGGUGAUAACAUCCACAUAGAUUCUUGACUGUCACAAAAAAGCAGUCCUUCCUCAAACAAGUGAGGCUCUGUAAUGUUACUAACUCAUUGAUUUCUGCAACAUUAUUAAGUGACAUUAAUGUGUUCAUGUUCAUUAUCCCCUUCAUCAUUAAAAUAAUGUUAGCUUAUAGUCAAUGUUGGGCUUUGUAGUUCACAACUGGACUAACGAAGAAGUCAUUGAAUGGCUCAAAAACUCUGUCCAUCUUCCACAAUAUGCUGAUGUUUUUGUGACUGCAGCUAUCAAUGGAUCAGAUGUACCACGGUAAGCAGGCUACCUCUACAUUAAAACCUUUUUAUCCCUGGAAGAAAAUUAGUCUUGCCCCUUAUGCAGCACAUUGCACUGGUGUGUUUCCCUUGCCUCAACAUUAAGAGUACAGCAUGAAAAUUUUAAAACAUUCAAAAAUGUAAAGAAAAACAUGGAACAUAGUGUGUUUAUUAUUCCUAGAGUUAGGCAAUCAAAUAAGUUUGAAAAAAUUACCUUUCAUCAAGCUGCCUCUCCAUAGCCUCUCAGUCUUAACAUUUUUUCCAUAGCUUUUGGAAUUAAAAAAAUUGCUUCACUCCAAAGUCUCAUGAUUAAUUGUUUCUAGUUUGGCAUUUGUAAUGAAUUUAAUGUAGUUGUUGAUUUUUCAAUACAUUGAGUUGAUGUAUUGUUACUUACCUUUCUCCCGCGUCCGUCAAUGUACACCUCACAGCUACAUGACUUUUAUAUAAUUGAGCAAAGAUUGCAUAUGGAUGUCUACAUCUGAUGCCAAUUAAAUAUGAAUGUUGUUUGAAUUUGUAUUUGGGCAGCUGCCUAAUGUAACAAAAUGUGACAAAUUGUUGCUACAGAAGAACAAAAUUUUAAAAAUUCCUAGAUAGUACAUUCUGAUAAAUGGGUAAUUCAAUAUUUCUUUUAGACUUUAUCUUCUUACUCUAUCAGGGAAGCUAUCUAAUAGGAGCUAGAUUCCUUCUUAGUAUAUAUUGGACAGGUUUGCCCUAGCUGUCUUAAUUGUACUUGAAGAAUCCGUAAUCAGUUAUCAAGGAGAUGAGAUAUUACCAUCUUUACUAACGCUGCAAACUCUUUCCUUGUUUGUGUGAGUCUUCCAGCUUGCUCAAGCAUUUCAGUUAUUUUAAAACUAAAACAAAAGAUUGUCUUUAAGUUAUUGUAGAAGGUGUGACACUAUAAUAGAGAGUGCAUUUGAGGGAUUAAGAGAAAAAGUGAUUUUUUAAAUUGGGCUUUGUAUUUUGAUUAGUAUUUUUCUCAGAGACGUAGUGAUCAUGAUUUGCAACAAAAAGUACUAAAUUGAAAUACGUUUUAUGAAUUAAAUGGUAAUAUAACAAGGAGUUAAAAUUAUGAAAUUUGCUUAGAUUAUAAAGAGGAAGUUUUCAACCCUCUCACUUAUUUUUGUACAAAAAUGCAAUGUUGAAAAAAAGUUGAUGAUUUAAAGAUGAGUUUGUCAUCUGUGAGUAGCAAUACUGAGAGAAAUUGUUCGAAGGUUUUUUUCUUACAGCUUUCUUAAUUUAGUGGCUUCAUCGGAUAAAUUUUAAACUGGUGUGUGCACUUCUGUUGGAAUGUGUACAAUGUUUAUCUAAAAAUGGAGUUGGCUGAGUAUUACUGGUAGGAAUGUGUUAAAAGAUUGCAAGACUAAUGUUGAAAACAGCUGGCAACAGGUGGUUUAAUGAAUCUUUGGCAAUUAGUAAUUCUCAAUACUGUAACUGCUUUAAUUUGGAAUCCUUAAACUAAAAUCCUCAAUUUUGCAAACCUCUAAUUUCUUUUCACUGUUAAUUGCUUGAGUUUCCUUAAGCACAUUAUAAAAUGAAUUAUCACAUUUUUCUUUCCAGAGAAUGCUCCCUUGACUAAGCUUUUGUGAUAAGUAAUUCUUUUCACUACACAUUGAUAUGCAUUUAUUGCAUGAUAAAGGUACACAAGGUGUAGCUAUGUUCCAUAUUUGGGGUAAGUUUGGCUUGGGUUUUAUUAUAAAUUACCUGAAGCUAUCUCGCAUGCAUUUGUGAUGUGCAGGCUGGCUACAGAGGAGAAUGGUCUGCUCCAGAACGAACUGGGAAUAAAAGAUCCAAAACAUCGCAAGAAAAUUGGCUUACGAGCUAUGGAUAUUGUUCUUUUUGGACCUCCACUUGGUAAGAUUGCUUAAAUAUGACCUGAAAGUGCAAAAUAUACUCUCUGUUCUAUGCAAUGUGCUAUCUAAGAAUCUACUGAGUUGUGGUAAGUUUAUUAUGUUCAAGCCUUUUGGAUUGACAAAAUUUUCUCACUGUUAACAGAUGUGUAUCCUUGAAAAAAUUAUUCUUAUUUUUGUAGAAGCCUUCAAAGGCGGUGUAAGGGUGGGGCUUUGUUAAACUUUUCCUAGGAAAGGGUUGUAUCCAAUUCAGUGUUGCUGUUUUUCAGCUUUAAAUCUUGAGCUUUAGUCUUCUAAAGCAGAAAAUUGGCCUUCAUUUCUUUUAUAGAUAAAAUGGUCUAAUUCAACCUUAGGUUGUGAAAUUUCCAGUUUUUUGUCAGUUUGAGGAUGUUGAAGAUUUGGAUUACUGUUCAUUUUUGUUGUGGAAUUGAGCCAAUAUUAAUGUCUUACUGUAUUAUCAGUCUUUGAAAUCUUAGUGGUGGUUCUUUCAAAUUACUGUAGUCAUGAUCUGCAAUUAAUUUUAAAAGAUGUGAUCACAAAGAAAGUCAUUCAAAACAGAUAACAUAAAGAUCCUGUUUUAGUAGAUUUGGUAACCUCUGUCUGACCCACUCCAAAAUAAAGUUACAACCUAACACCUAUUUUGAAAUCAAUAUAAUGUCUUGGUAACAAAUUAUUUUAAUAGCUAACAUAAUUGUUUUAAAUGUUUCAGUCUUAGGACAUAACCUACUGAAGGAUGUUGUUGUAGCAUUCUCUGUGCUGGUUGCAACUUUUGGUUGCUGGAUAGCUAUUUUACAGAAACGCAAAGCAAAAGAACAAAUGGAACGUAUGAUCAAAGACAUGAAGAUACUUCAGCAAGCUGAGGAUGGUCUCCAGGAAUUACAAACUAGGUAAUUUGGCAAUCUGUAAUUCAGUUCUCAUCCAUGUAGACACACUCAUAUGUCUGUUUUACCCCUCACAACCUAACAUAAGUAUUCAUCUUCUCCUUACUGUUCUCCCCAUAUUUCCUAUGGUGCUGACAGGGAGAAUUUGUUGAACAAUCAAGAGCAGCUUUAGUUGGUGAUGAUUUCCUCCUUUGUUGAGAUCUUAAUGUGUGAUUCAAGGGUGAUGUUGUACAUUGUGUAGGGAGAAAUUAGGGAGGUGUAGUCAUUCUUAGGGGUGAAAAGGUUGAAUAAGCAAUGUGUUUAUAGGCAGCAUGCACUGUUUGACAUAUAAAGAAGGUCUAGAUGUUGAUAUGUUAAUAAUUCUGUUGCUUUUGUAUCCAAUCAUGUUGGUUUUUUUUUAUUUCAUAGAUUGGCCAAAGCAGAGGAAGAUCAUCAUUUAGCCAUUACAGAGAAACUUGAUUUAGAGGCAAGGCUAAAUGAAGAGCUGGAAAUGUCAAAGGUGUGUAUUAAACUAAUGUUUCAUUGUACAUAGAGGGUUUUCAUUUGAAAAUGUUACAGUACCAUUAGUGGCAGGGGAAUGGUGUUAAGUAACUGUGGUUUUUAUUGCACAGAAUGAAGCUCAACUUAUGGCUGAAACUCGUACAGGGACAGAGGAACAAAUGCAGAAACUGAAGCUUGCAGAAGAAGAGCUGGUGCAGGUAAAAAUGUUCUGAUCAGAAUUGAAAGAGGCCUUAGAGGCCUUCAAAAGUAGUAGACUAGUAAAAUAACAAGUAACUUUAAAAUGUUAGAACAACUUGGUAGAGGAUCAGCAUUGGUGUUACUAGUUUUUUUUUGCUCUGCUAUCCAAUUCUUAUUUUCAGUAGUUUUUUUUUUAUUUGUUAGGCCAUAUAGAAUGGGGAGUGGAAUCAUUUGUUGAGAUUUUGAAUAUGGGAUUUAUUGAAGUGGGUAACUAUACAACAAUUCAGAGGAGAAGUAAAUUACUGGUAGUCAAAGUUCACACCAAUAAAAAAAUAAGAAAAUCUUCUACAAAUUUCCAUCCUAAUUGCAUUUUUGAUGAGUUGUUAAAUUCACGCAUCUCUUUUUUUUUCAAUUAUCUGAAUUAAGGUUCGCCGUGCUUUGAGGAAAGCUGAGAAAGAACUGGAGUAUCAGUCAUGGAAGGCACCAGCUGUUCUGAAACAAUGGCUACAGAUGACUUUUGACAAGGAAACUAAACACUUCCAGCAGAAAAGAACUGUUGCUCUUAAACAAAUGAAGGAAGCAAAAGAGGCGGUAAGAUUUGAACUCUUGAAUGAGUUACUAUGGAGGUCUGUGAAAGGGGAAUUGUGCUCAGAUUUAUUACACUGACAGAGUAGCCAUUUAUCAAUUUUUUUUUCCAAAAAUUCUGACUUUCAGUAAAGUUGAUAUUUUUAAUCAGAUGUGAUAACUUUGGUUCUGCUCCUUAAGAGCAUCUGGGUUUUGGAUUGUUGUCAAAUCAAUGACAUCAUCAAUAAAGUGUGAAAACCACAAACAUUAUUUUAUUGAGUUAAGUGUCUUUGUUUUGUUCAACCUAGUGUGAGAGAAUAAAGAAGAAACGUAAUAGCUUGAUGGGAUCCCUGCGUCUAGCUCAUGACCUAACCAUUGAUGAAGUUGAUCAAAAGAUUCUUGGUGCUAGGUUAGUUUUGUUUUUCAUAAUUGUGUGAAGAAUAUGUAAUUUUCAGUUUCAGAAAUGAUAUGCACAUGCACUCAAAACAUUUUGUCACUCCAAGGGAAGGGAGGGAUUGCAAAAUUCAAAUUUAUGAUUUAACCCUUUCACUCCCACAAGUGACCAAGACAGAAUUUCUCCUUACAAUAUCAAUACAAUAUCAAGCAGGCAGGUGAUAAGAAUAGAGAAGAAAAUCAAUUAUGGGAUUAUUAGUUGAUCCAGUACCAAAUUCUCUGAACUAACAUCAUAAGAAUUGUCUGGCAGAUAGUAAGGAGAAUUACUAAUUAGAUCUUGGGAGUGAAAGGGUUAAGGGUAAGUUUGAGGCAAAGCUGAAAUGUCAUGAAGGGUGGUGGAUCAAAGUGGAAUGGAUGCUUCCACCUACAUAGUGGGUACAGUUUUUCUUACCUAAUUGGAAAUUGAAUUUAACUGUUCUAAGUACUACUAACAAAUUUUGCAGUCCAACUUGAGAGGAUCAUUUCUUUGCUAGAUACUUACUACUGUUUGUGAUGUCCAAGACUUUUUCAAUUUUUUUAUGCCUGGCAUAAUUAUCAUUUGGAAUAUUUAUUUCCUCACUCAUUUGAUUAAUUUAUCAAUUUGAUAUGUAUUUACUAAUAUUUAAUCAAUAUGAUUACUUAUUUAUAUAUUAGAUCAGCACUUGCAGAAGUUACAAAUGAGCUUGAGGAGAGGCAGCACAGAUGGUCACAAAUAGAAUCACUGUGUGGAUUUCAGAUCAUGUCACAGACAUCCUUUGGUAUAGGGAAAGGAAGUGGCAGUCAAACCAACUCAGGUUCAGCCAUAGCAGAAGCUCUUGUUAAUGUGGCCAAUGUGGCAGGGGUCAGCUCUGGUAGAAAGAUCUCCUCUAGUGCUAGUCCUUGGAAAGCACCGUCUGUUCCUGAGACAGGAGGUAGCAAAGAAGAUCUCCCACCAACAUACUCUGCUGUGACAGCUAAUGUUGGCAUGCAUGAUGUGCAGAAAGAAUCCUCUUAUGAUAAAGCCAACUUGACUGGCCAAGAAAGUGAUUCUGGAGGUAAUAGAAAAGAUGUAACAAGGCAUGCUGAAAAGGAUGUUGUGCAAAUGAGAGAAAAGGCAACUUUUGGUACAAGUAAAAGCCAUCCAAGUCUUCAUCUUGGAGCACAAGCCUUGAUAAAUGGUGUAACAGAAUCUGAAGUUUCAGCCAAGUCUUUGGAACAGUUGUCAGCAUCUUGUGAGAAAUUAGAGCAAGAUGAACCAGUUUUGAAUGGCUUGCCUGACUCACCAACUGGAAAAUCUAAAAAGAGACUGAGCUGGUUUGGAAAGAGGCAAGACUCCACUACUGAAAGUGAAUCAUCAGUAGCUGAAAAUGAUGACGAAACAAAGAGAAAAGUAAGGUGGCUAUGGAGAUCAGCAGUUCGGAAGUCCAAGUCACAGAGAAACCCAACAAGCAAAUCAGAUGAUAGUACAACUAUGGCUACGUCAGUGGAAAAGUUAAAAUCAGGGUGAAACAUGACAGGUCUCCCUCAUCUGGUCAGGUACCUGGUAUGUUCUGGCAAGCUCUAGUUUGGCAGUGAUCAGUUCCAAACACAGUUUAGUUUAUUUGAAACAACUGUGUUUUGUCUGUCAUCCAUGACAGAACAGGAGUGUUACAGCUGCUCCUUUCCAGCUUUGUUAUGAGCUAUUAGCUUUGGCAUUGUGGUUGUGGUAAUAUGAGAUAGAAGUGAUGUAGCAUUCAAGAAAAAAAAAUGCAGAGGAAAGAAACUGGUUUCUUGAGUUCAGUCGCAUUAUUUUUUUUUUCCCUUUUCAGGGAAGAGGCUUAUUAUACCUAGCAUGUGUAAAGGUUAAAAAAUAAAUUUUUAGAUUGGUGUGGUGUCUAUAAUAACAUUUGUAUAAUAAUGUUUGGAGAAUAAGACAUCAAAUUUAUUAGAAAGGAUAAUAGCUGCAAAUUACAGGCAGUCAAUUUGAUUUUUACGUUGUACAAAUUUGUACAUGAACAAAAAGGCAUUUUAGUUGAAAGAAAAAGAGAUUUAUUGCAUAGUUUUGGUCCAUAUAUUUCCUUUGGUCAAAUAACUUUUACUCUGGCUAACUGGGGACAAGGUGUAAAUAUUUUGCUGGUUCACAAUCUUGAACAUGUUACAAUAUGUUGGAUAUGGUUUUUUUCAUUGGAUAAAAUUUUCAACAAAAUGAUUUAUCAUGUUUGGUAUCUCAUGUUCAGAAUCGAACCACAAACAAAUCAAAUUUUUUAACCAUAGUAGAUAAUUAAAAGAUAGAGUCUAUGAAUGAAAAUUUGCUCUAGAGGAAAUUGCUUUUCACUUAAGUUGGUUGCUAAAUGAUUCUCAUCAAAAACUUUUUCCUAUGUUCCAUUGUAAGACUGACUGACAGAAAACUUGGCAGAUUCAUAGACAGACAAUCACAUUGGUGACUGACUGACUGAUCAACCAACAGGCAGAUAAACUGGCUGACUCACACACUGAUUGUGUGACUCACAAAUGUAUGAAAUGUAUUUCCUUCAGAUGUUGCUCUACUUAUUACAUUGGAGAGAUUGAAGAUCAUAGUUUUUAAUUCAUUUCUGAAAUCCAUAACCAAUGAGUGCAGUUUAUUUUGAAAUUGUUGAUCACAUCUUAAAAGAAGCAAACUAUUGUUUGGUUUUCUGAACAUAAUUUCAUUUCAAAGUCAAGUGUUUUUUUAGGUUUUUCUUUUUACCUUACUUAACAGAAAUUCCCCUUGACAUUGAGGCAGUGAAAGGAAUAUCUGCAAUGAGUGAAUAAACUGAAAUAGUAUUAGCAGUUAGAAAUUACAACCACUGAAUCAGCAAAUGUGCUGUUUCUUCUUAUCUCUGAACCAGAAUUAGGAAAUCUCUAUAUCGCGGAGUAUCAACAUAGGCCCCUUUGGCUGAAAACUUCUUUUUUUUUUUUAAUCCAAAAAAAUUACAUUGUAGUUGUUAUGCAAAGACAUAACCCUCCCCUCAUUGUGCUGAGUCAGUGUUUGUUGAAUAUAAUUAAUACGUCAUAAUGGUGCUUUUAGUCAUUUCAUAGUUUAUGGUGGAGUGAUGCAUGUAGUAUAUUUUUUCAUGGAAGGGGUUAGUCUUUGUUAGAUCUUUUGGUAGUCAAAUCUACCACUGACUAUGUGUUGGCUUUCUACUUCUGACCAAGUAGCCUGAAAAGUUUGCAUUGUGAAUAGUUCUCAAAAAGAUCUUACAUUAUAAGAUGUUGCAACAUUUAGGUUAUUCAAAUGAAAAUGUUGCAUCAGUGAAAGAGUAUUAAAAGGUAAAUUAGUAUUAUUGACUGAGUUGAUAAUGUAAAUUGGCAACCAUAAAGAGUUUCAAAGCUUACAUUCCAAGUGAAAACCCUUCAUCAGAGUGAAUUUUCUUUGACAAAGGGCUAAUGCUUGAAACAAUAGCUUUAAAACCCUUUACCGUGGCCAAUCAACAUUAUCAACCCAGUUGUUAAUACCAAAUUACAGAGUAGAAUUGGCCUUGACAAAUUAAGGAAAACAUGCUGUUUAGGAUACUCUGUUUAUUUAUAGACUAUAUUUCAUUAUAUUGAACAUAUAACUUUCUUAGUUUGCAUGUUUUUUAAAUUUGUCAGCAGUUAGUUCUACCCCAUUCAGCUCCUUUGCCACAUUUAAUUCUUGGAUAGCUUUCAGUUGAUAUCUAAUUACUAGUGAGGUUUCACAUAAGUUUUGUGAAUUAUUGCACACGAGUUGUGGCAUCACAGCAAGUGACAAUCUUAAAAAUGGAAGUGAGUAGCACUUUGAUUGGUAUCUUUCCAGUCUAUUCUUUCUCUUAACCCUUUAACUCCAAAGAUCUCAUUGGUAUUUCUCCUUACUGUUUGCCAUACAGUUCUUGUGAUGUUAGUUUGGAGAAUUUGGUAUUGGAUCAACUAAUAACCCCCUAGUUAAGAUUUUUCUUUAUUCUCAUCACUUGUCUGCCCAAUAUUAUAUUGAUAUUGUAAGGAGAAAUUCUGACUUGGUCACUCAUGGGA